AUGGCCGGUCCUGAUUCGUCCGACUCUGAUUCGGGAGUUCAUCACCACCAUCACCACCACCAGUCUAUUCCUGGCGAAAUUCCCAUUCCCCACGGGCCUCCUGGCGACCACGACAGCGAUGACUUCAUCAUUCAACACGGUACCCCCGACGAGCAGCGCAUUUUCAGCCAUGUAACUCGUCCCGACGACUCAUAUACACCUGAUGGUGUGUACUGGGCUGAUUUGCCAUGGAUGCAGCGUGUCAAAUUUGUUAGCCAAGUUGAUCGUGAGGCUGCUGCCAAGGAAUUGAGCACCAUUGGCUCAAUGAUGAAGAAAGAUCCCCUUUCUCCCCUUUCCUGGUACUUCCGACAUGCCGUUAUUCCCGGUGCUGGUCUCGGUCUCGAAGGCUAUGUUCUCUUCUCCAUUGGCAACUUGGAGCCACUCUUCGCCAAAGUCUGGCCCGAAUGCUGGGGAAAGCACCAGGUUUGCAGCAAGAACUGGAUUGCUAGUGUCACAUACCUUGAGAUUAUUGGUAUCAUGGUUGGCCAGGUCUUUGUUGGCGUUAUUGGUGACUGGGUUGGUCGUCGCUGGGGCUUGAUCCAGGAUGCCAUCAUCAUGUUUGUUGGUCUUCUCAUGCUCACUGCCUCUUGGGGCCUUACUCUCCAGGGCUGGGUCAUUUGCUAUGCCUGGUCCUUGUUCUUCUACUCGCUGGGUGUCGGUGGCGAGUACCCUAUUACCGCCACCUCUUCUCUCGAAAAUGCUGUCACCGCUGGCAAGAUGUCCACCAAGGAGGAUCGUCUCCACCGUGGCCGCCGUGUCACCAUGGCCUUCCUGAUGCAGGGCUGGGGUCAGUUUGUCAACCAGGUUCUCCUCAUUGUCUUGCUUGUCAUCUUCAACAAGGGAUCUGGCGCGCCACCUUACACCACCUCGGCUGCUCAGUAUGCUUUCCGUCUGUCUUUCGCUUUCCCUGCGAUUGGUACUCUCUGGCUCGUCUACUACAGAACUUGGAAGAUGCCCAACGCUUCUAAGCAACUCGCUCAAGCAAAAAACCGUACCAACGUCACUGGCUACGACGUCACGGCCCUGCGCUUCUGCUUCACCCACUUUGGUGGCCGUUUGUUAGCCACUGCCGGCACUUGGUUUUGCAACGAUGUCUUUUUCUACGGCAACAAACUAUUCCAGGGUCAAUUCAUCAAGGUUAUCUCGGACAACCCCAGCUCUCUCAUGACGAACUGGACUUGGAACCUGGUCAACAUCACCGUCUCGCUGGUUGGUUACUAUCUUGCAUCUCUUCUCAUCGACAACAAACUUUACGGCCGCAAGAUGAUGCAGCAGGUUGGCUUCUUCAUGUGCUUCCUCAUGUUCGUCAUCCCUGCCUUCCGCUACAAGUACUAUACUAGUCCUGAAGGCAUUCAUUCCUUCCAGGCCAUGUACUUUUUGUCUUCCUUCUUUAACCAGUUCGGCCCCAACUCUGUCACUUUCCUGAUUGCCGGCGAGGUUUUCCCUACUCCCAUCCGUGCCACUGCUCACGGAUUCUCUGCCUGCAUGGGCAAGGCUGGUGCUCUGCUUGCCUCUGUACUCUACAACUACAUCGAUGACCAGACCAAGUUCUACGUUGUUCCUUGGUUUGGUCUUGCUGGCAUGUUCCUUACCUUCCUCUACCUCCCAGACACAACCGGUCUCGACCUGAAGGAACAGGAGCGCCGGUGGAGAUAUAUUCGUGACGGCAAGGCCAAUGAGUAUCACGGGAUUGCUGUCCACCCCCAACAUCUGAGCCUGUGGGAGCGCAUCUGUGGUCUCCACAAGACCUAUGAUCCUGAGGCGGACUGGAAGGCCAAGAUUGCUGAUAUGCGAACAGAGUGGGAGGCCGUCCAGGCUACCCGUGGGCCCAAGGAAACUGAAGGUGACCAUGACCAUGGUAUGCCUGACGAUGGUGAGUUCUCUGCUGAGAUUCACGCCUACUUCAAACGCUCGAGCCCUGGAAAUAUGAACAACUCUCCCGGCGUCCUCAGUGAAAAGGUUAGUGGUGAUACAAAAUAA